GAAGCGAGAUUUACUCCCCCGACCCCUUCUUGAAAUCACGCACGCCCAUCUCAGCGAUCUUAACCCUGCAAACUGCACUAGCUAACAUGGCUGCUGUUCGCAAAACGCUGUCACUUUCCAGAAAAGUAUGGAACGGACGCUUUUUAAAUCCAGCGAUUGCAUUCGGGACAGGCCACAGUCGAGAGAAGUUUACGUACACUGGACAGAUUAUCCCUCCCCCUGCCAAGUACGGGGGCCGCCACACGGUGACCCUCAUACCAGGAGAUGGGAUUGGACCAGAGCUGGUGAAUCACGUUCGGGAGUUGUUCAGGUUCAGUUGUGUCCCUGUGGACUUUGAGGUGGUUAACGUGAACUCGGGGUUGGACAGCGAGGAUGACAUCAACAACGCCAUCACCGCCAUCAGACGCAACGGAGUCGCGCUCAAGGGCAACAUAGAGACCAACCACAGCAUGCCCCCCUCCCACAAGUCCAGGAACAGCCUGCUACGUACAAGUCUGGAUCUGUAUGCCAACGUGAUGCACUGUCAGUCCCUCCCUGGAGUCCAGACCCGACACAAGAACAUUGACAUUAUCAUCAUUCGAGAGAACACAGAGGGAGAGUACAGCAGCCUGGAGCAUGAGAGUGUGUCAGGAGUGGUGGAGUGUCUGAAAAUCAUCACUCGAGUGAACUCCCUGAGGAUCGCUGAAUACGCAUUCCAGUUGGCCAGAGAGAAAGGUCGAAAAAGAGUCACUGCUGUUCACAAGGCCAACAUCAUGAAGUUGGGUGAUGGCUUGUUCCUGCAGUGCUGUAAGGAGGUAGCGUCCGGGUACCCCGACAUCACAUUCGACAGCAUGAUCGUGGACAACACCACCAUGCAGCUGGUGUCCAAGCCCCAGCAGUUCGAUGUGAUGUUGAUGCCCAACCUGUAUGGCAACGUGGUGAGCAACGUGUGCGCCGGGCUGGUGGGCGGGCCCGGGCUUGUUCCAGGGGCCAACUACGGCCGGGCCUAUGCCGUCUUUGAAACGGCAACAAGGAACACUGGGAAGAGCAUCGCCGAGAGGAACAUUGCCAACCCCACGGCCAUGAUUCUGGCUGGCUGCCUGAUGCUGGACCACCUAAAACUGCAUGCUUAUGCGACCAUGAUCAGAAGCGCUGUCCUCACCACCAUGAAUGAGACUCGGCUGCACACGGCAGACAUUGGGGGUCAGGGCACAACCUCUGAGGUGGUCCAGACCAUCAUGAAGAUAAUUGAACGUGGUGGCCCCCUCACCUCUGAACACCACUGAACACGGUGCACAGGACGGAAGCCAGGCCGUGGUGUUCUCUGGAGGACCUCUCCACAGUUCCGCGCGCUUGUGCCUGCGCACACGCCUCUCUGUGCUAAGCAGAGCUUCUCCUUCACACCGCCUCGCCUGCCCACCAGUCCCUGAACAGCAGGGGGCGACACGUCUGCGCAGACCUGCACACGUCACCUCGCUCCUCAACACGUCACUGUCCUGUUUCACUAACCUCGAGAUGCUAGAGCGAGUUCUCCUGAGCCCCAUGGGUGGGGUUACCUGACCUGUCCUUCACUGACUCGCGAACCAAUCAAAAGACCAUUCUUGGCAAUCAAUUUCUGUGAUUGGUUCAAAUCAGUGAAUCACUGUCAGACCAUGAUGGCGCCACCCAUUUGAGGGGGAGAGGAGUCCUCACUCUACCAUCCUUAUUUAAAAAAACGACUAUACUGUACAACUGCUUGGGUUUCAAAGUAAUCAAGUGCAUUCCCGGAUCUACUUUUAAAAUGUGCUGUCAUUGAAACUGCUGCUCUCACCUUUGCUACAAAAGAGAACAAAACUUGCAGUGCAAUCGCACUUCUUUGUAUGUCUUAAAUGUACCAAAAUGGUCUAUUUAUUGGAGUAGACAAAUAAAUACUGUACUCUUAAUGUCAAAUUCAUAUCGAACAGUUACAGCCGUGUGAACUUUCCGUAUUUUCUGGCCUUUGUCUCACAUUUACCAGAAAUGCAGCAUAUGCGUGUGUUCGUUGUUCUACAGUGUGCGUGUUAUAUGUGCUUUGCAGAAAUGGCUUUAAUAUACUGUACUGACAGCAGAAGCGGGUCAUGUUUUUCUAGCCCAGCUUCCGUGCGUUCUGGUUCUGGGGUUUUGUUCCGGAGGGUUCUUCGGCCGUUAUAAAACAUCCGAUUAAAGUUACUGGUUAAUGA